AUGCAAGAUUCAUUUUGGAGGAAUGUUUUGUAUGCUCUCAAGUUAAUUGGCCCUUUAGUCGAAGUUCUUAGGUUAGUUGAUGGAGAAAAGUAUCCAGCAAUGGGCUAUAUUUAUGAUGUUGUGGAUAUGGCUAAAGAAGCUAUUCGUGAUAGUUUUUCCAAUGCGGAUGACUACAAGACAACUUUUCAAAUCAUUGAUCAAAGUAUGAGACUUGUUCCAGAUCAGGAAGUUCAAGACAAAAUUUCUGCAGAGUUAGAUAAAUAUCGGAAUGCAGAAGGACUAUUCGGUCAUCCUAUGGCUAUUAAGCAUAGAAAAACAAAAGCACCAGCUGAUUGGUGGGCAUCAUAUGGAUCUUCGGCGCCUAAUCUUAAAAAGUUUGUCAUACGGGUCCUUAUAGUGCUACAAGUUGUGAGAGAAACUGGAGUGUUUUUCAACACUUUCAUACGAAGAGACGAAAUAGAUUGCACAGUCUAGAUUAAAUGACAUGGUGUUUGUCAAAUUCAAUUGUGCCUUAGACCGCCGAGUUAAAGAUAAGGAGAACGAUCCUAUUCUUUUACAAGAGAUUGAUGAAAGUAACGAGUGGUUGAUGGGAAGACUUGAAGAGGAGAAUGAUGAUGACAUAGUAUUUGUUGGUGAAGAUCUUGGAGAGAUGUGGCUCACGCAUCAGCUGCUUAUGAACCUAGUUAUCUAACUAGAUCGAGAGUGCAAAAUGAUGUAGCCGACCCAUCGGGUAUUGAUAAGGGAAAAGCUCCAUAAUCUAGUCAACGAUCUGGAUUUUGUUUGGUGGAUGAAGAGAUGGAAGAGGAUAUGAGAAGUGAUUGUGGAAGGGAUGAUGUUGUCCAAGUUGACGAUGAUGAUGACCGUUUCGCGUAUUUUUAGUUUUUAUGAUUAAGGAUUAGGAAUUUAGAACUUAAGUUCUGUCUUUUUUUAUCACCCUGAUGUUGCUUUUAACUUUUGAAAUUGAU